UUUCUCUUAUGAAUGUCGCAAGACGAGUCAGAUGAUGAUCGGGUUAUCGGAGGAGAUCAUAGGCUCCGUUUAAGCACAGGUUCUUUCGAUGAGUUGGAUCAAAGUAAUGAACCAAUCCAGUCCCAAACAAACCUGGACGAUCUCGAGCCAACUGACAGGGUUGGCGGUGAGCCAACAUACGAGCUCGACGGUGGCGGCAUAGGUCCACCAAGUUUAUAUCAGGCGAACAAUAAUGCCGACGAACGUCCGGAAAGAGAUGAAGCGGAAGACGAGGAGGCAGCAAAAAGCUCAGUUGACGCACCACAUGAGGAAGCCAAACCGCAAGGUAGAGAAAAUCAAGAAGGGGCUUCUAAUACUGGAAAUUUGUCUGAAAGUGACUCCAAGAUGGGUGAGCCUGCAGAUGGAACUGAACAGACGGUCAGCGCUGCGCGCAAUGCGGAGGAAGAUGGGGAAAGAGACGCGGACAUGGAUGAAGGAUUAGAAUCCGAAAGCGAAGCUGAAAUGUUUAGGGCAGAAUUGAAGCCAAAACAAAUAAUCGAUCCCAACUUCACAUACAACCGCGAUGAAGCCGUUUCGAAGCCAAUGGUGUCUGAAAACUCAGGAAUCCCUGAACACCUUUUGUCCAUGUUUCAUUCAUUUGGCUAUGAUGCGCUGAGAAGAGAAAAUCUGCAGUUACUGGAACCAGACGUUGUGUGCUACGUGACAGGGAAUUACUUAGAAAUCCUAAACUUGACAACAGAUGCUAAGAGGUACUUACGCACCAUAAUGGGGCUGGGCAUUGGGGCCUUCUGUGCGCACACCAAACAAAGUGUGAUUGCGAUUGCCGAAAAGGGUGACAAUCCACCAGUCUGCAUUUACCGCUAUCCAGAACUGGAUCUUUAUCGAAUUCUUUCGGAAGGAACACUAAAGGAAUAUUCUGCUUGUCAAUUCAGUUUGUUCUGUCUGCAUUUAUUUUUCAUCAGCCCUGAUGGCGAGCUGAUUGCCACGGUGGGUUCCGAUCCAGAUUACAUGCUGACACUUUGGGAAUGGCGCAACGAACAAAUCGUUCUUCGGUCCAAAGCUUUUUCGCAGGAUAUCUACCGCGUGGCAUGGUCUGCUGACUUGGAAGGCAUCCUUACAACUGCCGGUGCGGGGCAUAUUCGAUUUUGGAAAAUGGCAAACACAUUCACUGGCUUGAAGCUUCAGGGUAAACUUGGAAAGUUCGGGAAGACCGAAUUGUCAGACAUCGAGGGAUUUGUAACGCUUCCUGACGGUAAGGUACUCACCGGUUCUUCUUGGGGCAACCUAUUGGUCUGGGAAGGAGACCUGAUCAAAGUGCAAAUCUCCCGGAAAAACAAACGACCCUGUCAUUCUGGUCUUGUAAUGCACAUCGUGAUGGAUGAAGGGGAACUGAUGACCAUUGGACAGGACGGCUGGAUUCGUACCUGGGAUUUUGAAACUGUGGACACGGCGGAAUGUAUAGAGGAAGGCGCUAUUUUUGAAUUGGAACCAAUGAACGAACUUCAAGUUAGUCCACAGGCUAAACUGAUCUACCUAGUGAAAUCGCAGGAUGAAGAAUCAACUUGCUGGUUUGCACAAGACGGGGAUGGUGUAAUCUGGAAACUGGAUCUUUCGUUCUCUCAUACUUCUACGGCACCGGAGCCUUUGGUCAAGUAUCAUUCUGGGGGGAUCACAGACUGCUGCACCUCCCCAUUUGCAUACACUGCAGCAACGAUUGGAAUGGACGGUCGGAUCAUUAUCUAUGACCUGGUAACGAAGAAGAGUAUUUUGCGUCGACAGUUCCCUACCCCUGGAACUAAAUUAAUUUGGAGUCCUCCACAGGUGGAUCCCAAAGGCAAAACCUUGGUGGCCGGAUUCCAAGACGGCGUGGUUCGUGUUUUGCAAUUCGGUGAAAAUCCAGAAACUGAUCCAACUAGAAAAGCCAAGCAUUUUGCACUACUUGAUUUGGGUCAGGCAUUAAAACCACAUACAGGUGCUGUCAAUUCAAUGGCUUUCAAUGAAAGUGGCGACUACUUUGUGACCGGGAGUGAAGACGAAACGAUCUUUUUCUUCGCUGUGCGGUCCAGGGCGCUUGUGCCCAUUGGCUUCGUCAGCGUCGGUGCGGCUGUUGUCAAGGUGGAAUGGAUCCCGCCCACAACAACUCGUCCGACAAGUGUGGCUGCAUAUCUGAAGCAAGGGUGCAUUUUAACUCUACCCUAUGUUUCUCUUGACGAAGUAGACCAGAGCAAAAGUUUCGCACUACCGAUGGUACAACCUAACGGCGGCUUCCAUCUUCUCAGUAUUAAGUCGCGCCUGUUGCACGAAGAGGAGGGCGCGGAAAAGCUCCGACGUUACGAGAUUGAGAAACAGGCCCGGCAAGAAUUACGCGCUGCUAGAGCUGAACGUGAGCCGGAAACAGAAGAAGAUGCACAACGGUUAGACGAAGAAGAAGAGCUCAUUCGUCAAGGAGUUGUAUCUGAAAUUGCCGACUGGGCACCCACCUACCCCGAGAAGCCGUCAACCGUCCUUUACGGUUGCCUCGAUCCAAACGACCCGAAUGAGUUUUGGCUAUCUACGGAUGACUACGACUGUGGCUACCUUUACAAGUGUACCUUAGGUAAGCCACCAAUGACCGAGAAAGAUGCACGUCUGAGGCUGCGAAAGGAAAAGGCCGAGCGAAAGGAAGCCCAACGGGUGCUGGCCGCGAGGGAUUCAGUAUUACCUGAGACUACAGUUGAUGACGAUAGUGAACGUCAGGUGAUGGAGGAUUCGACCGAUCCAGAUUCUAAUUCAGAUAAAAGCCAACUCUCUCUGGGGGAUUUGUUGCCACCAACAGAAGCACAUGCCUCCGCCAAGCUGUUAGGUAACACGGAGACACCUAUCACCUACUGGACCUUCUCUGCUACAGGCAAUCGAUUAUUUGUUGGUAUGAAAGAUGGCUGUGUCCGAGUCCAGCUCCUCGAGCGCCCGUUUGACAUCACCAGUUUGAAGGACUACUGGGUGUUGAGGAUGCACGACAACACACGGGGAGCAGUGAACAAGAUAACGCUGACGCACGACGAGAAGUUCCUUCUGAGCAUCGGUCAAGAUGGGACCAUGUUCGUUUGUGACCUCAUGACCGAAGAUAUGCAGAACAAAGAGAUUCAAGAAUACAGAGCCCGUAUCCCCUCUGCUUAUGAUGCCCAACGACUAACCGAUGACAUUGUGGACCCCAAAGCAAAGAGCAUAGAGCAGUCGAAGCAGAAAGAGGAGCAUGACAGGCUUAUGAAUCUGGUGGAACAGAAAAAAGCUGAAAAACGAAAAAAGAUUUCUGAGCUACGUCUCCGCUUCCGACGAGUGAAAGAAAUGAAUGAAAAGCUACCGGAGCGACUUCGUCUGAAAAAGGAGGAUUUCGAUCUUGUCCCGCAAAUUCGAGCUGACUUAUUGAAAGAGCGGGCGGCGAAGAUAGAAUUGGUGUACCGAGACACUGCUUGGAUGUCAGAGAAGCACCGUUUGGCAUUGGCGAAACUGGAAGAUGCGUUUCAGAAGCCACUGGACUUCGAUCGUAUCACUGUGAGGGCCUUCACCACAGCACAUUCUGUCAGCUCUAUUCGUACCAACCAACUUAAUGACGAACACAUGUACGCAAAGGCUGUCCUUGAAAUGGAGAAGAUGGAAAGAAUGACUAAGGCCGUCAAACAGAAGAAGAAAGUUUCAGACCAAGCACCAACUGGUCCCACAGAAUCCAAACCUGAGGUUGUGAAACUCCUGUCGGAUAGCAUUCAGGCGCAAAUGAAGGGUGUCCGCGGUCUCCGUGUGGCCCGCAAACUACACAUGCAGGAGGAGGCACAACGCAAGAGGAACGCAAGACAAAAACAGUGGGAAGAAUUGUUAUCAAUGAAACCGGUGGAUGACUACGAAGAUCCAGAGGAUAUCAAAGCCAUCACAGAAGCGAAGGAGAACAUGGGUGACUUCAAGCUAAAGUCUGCCCAGGACUACAUUGCUUCCGACCGUGCGACGCUGGACGCUUUUGGCGCGAAAUGGCGUUUAUUUCAAAUAACUGAGACCGCUUUUCAAAUGCGACAUGAUUUCAACACUUCAGUACUUGCUUUAAAGACCAAAAAGAUGAAAAUACUUGAAGAAUUACAGCAGAUCAAUGUUUCCUUACGCGAUUUACAAGGUGACCUCCCGGCGGAUGAACCAAUUCUGCAACUGGAGUUGCCCACAUUGGGAAUAGAUGAGCAUCCGGAACAAGAACUCGUUUACAAUAAGGCAACGCUGUUGAAGUUCAAAAAAGAAAAAGAGGGCUUGGCGGCUACUGAGACUUCACAUAAUCCACCGAAACCGCAGCUGAAUGCUCCUACCAAGAGCAAAGAACUGGAUCCACUAGUUUUCAGCGAAUCAAUACCUCUCGAACACGUUCAUACGAAAGAGCCAGAUGUGGAGUCUGGCUCAUUGUCGACCGAUGGAGUCAGUCCGCGUACACUGAUCCGUAUACCGCUACAUUCGUUAAGACAAGAUCGCUGCGUCUUCAGUCUUACCAAGGAUAUUGCACACUGUGCUCUCAUGCACCCUCCGUUACUUUGGAAUGUCGGUGAUACGGAGCCAACUCCGACGGAACCGGGUCCAUCAUUUGUUGGCAGAUUCAAUGGCAAACUCUACAUCAGGACUAGUCGCAAAAUGAGGCCGGACACAGUCAGUGUUGCACUGAUGCCCUUAAAUGUUAGUCAAGGUGAACAACAAGGCCAACACCAGCUCAAAGUUCAAGAAAUUCUCGACACACCUUCUUCUCUAACCGAUAAUCAAAGAUUGGCGUCAUCGCGAAGAGAAUCAGAGAUAACCCGAUCCUCCGAGGCCGACUUGCUUGCCGACGCGUUGACCUUACCUGAGUCGUCAGAUCCUCAACACAAAUACGCGGAUGAGAAACUUCAGCGUCGUAUUAGAGCUGAAUAUCAACGACAAGAGCUGUUAUGCACUGCCGGACGUCUAGUCAGAUGCUUUGACGCAGAAGUGCGGAUGUGUCGACAUACCCGCUUCCAUCUGGACGUACUACUCAAACGAGCUGAACUGCACCAACUCACCCUGUUUGAAGAAUAUCGGUUACUGAAAGAAUUCGAAAAAUCCGAAAUGGUUCUUACGGAAAAAAAGAGUUUAAGAGACAGUGAGAAGCAAGAAGUCAAUCUAAAAAUUGCAGAACUGAACACUAAAAUUGACGCCAGGAAAAAAGAGUUGGAACGAUUGGCGCAAAAAGAGCAUGCGCUGCAUGAGGAGUUCAAAGCAAGUCUGGGUGAAGGUCAUCGCUUCACUGAUUUCCUCACUAAAGUGUUCAAGAAACGUAUCAAACGGAAGAAAGCAGAUUCUACUGACGCAGGCUCCAGCGACACAGAACUCGCCUCUUCUUCGUCAGAGGACUCAUCAUUUGACGAAUCAGAAGAGGAAAGUGACGAAGAAGAUUACGUUCUGGAUCUGGAUGUAUGUCCAGCUGGGUGUCCCCAGGAGGACUUUGACAACACUUGCGCGAUUCGCGAACGACGGUUGGAUGUAGAGGACGAGACGAUUGAAGAGAAGAAGGCAUUAGAGUUACUCAAGAAAGACCUAGAAGGCUGGGUCAAGAAGCAACGAAUAGUUGAGGUGGCUCAAAAGCAAGCAAAAACGGAACUGGAGGCUUUCCAGCUGGAAAAGCAACGCAAGCUGAACGAACUGGAUACCAUCGUGAUACUACGGCUUAAUCAAAUCGAAUAUCAUGCGAAUUCCACUGUGCCAGCUGAUAUGAGUUCUGGUCUGGUAUUCAAGCGAUCAAACUUGCAGAUGUUGUACCAACGCAUACGUGAGCUGCAAGAAGAGAAGAAACAUCAACGUCGCGAGCAGCUAGACGCCAAAGAUAGACACGUUAUGCUACAGAAGCACAAAAAGUUAUUUUUGACAGAAUUAGAGAAGUUGACAGACGUGUGCGACCGUGAGAUGGUGGAGAAAUUCGGAAAAAUUGACGAUCUUGAGAAAAUGGAAGGUGUCAUCGUUAAUCCAAAGUUGGAGGAACUCACCACCAAAAUGUUUGCCAUCCAGGAACAGUUUGAAAGAGCAGAAAUGGAAAUGGAGGAACGGAUUCGGGAGGCGCGUGACACGUGCAUUGAUCAGUUGAGGGAGAACACUACCACGCUAACACAAACGCUUCUAUUGUACAAUGAGAAGGAAAGACUGCAAACCGAGCUGAAUCGCAAGCAGGGCUCAAAGCUUGGAGUUAUCGAUACCUCGGACAAUCAGCUGGAACACCUGGAGAUUGAACGCUUGACCAACUUGGUGAAAGCUCAAGAAGAUGAAAUCGCAGAGCUCUCCAAUGAACUCCGCUUUUUGAGGCGUAUGCCGAUGACAAAUACAGAAAAGUUUGCACCCAGACUGACCGGAACUCCGACAAAUAUACAAUGACUGCAAUUACAAGAGGAAAUCCGCACUUGUUCCAGGAUUUCAGGGAACAGUGUUUCAGUUAUUCCGUUGGAUCACCAAUACGGAUUUACCAACACACUCCGCCACUCGAUCUAUUCUGUAAUUAACCUAUCCCUAUGUAGAUCAUGCUAUUACAAAAGCUGGUGUGAAUCCCUUGGGCC